CUCAUACUGAUUAAUAUUGGCUUAUCGAUAACUUAAACUUGAAAGUAUGUGCCAUCACUGCCAAUGAGUCGCUCGCUAAAACACAAGAAAUUUCACUGACGAAAAUACUAUCAUUUGCAAAUAUUUGCAACAAAUUUAUUAACUACGGCAUCAAAGUGGUCCUCGAACGCUGAGGAGGCGAACGAACGCACACCGCUAAUGGACGCACACGUCAAUGCCACGUCCUCGUCGGGCGGCGCUGGCAUUGCUGAUGGUCUGAGCGGCGCAGCAUCGCGUUUGGAACGUCGUCCAAAGCAACAACAACCCCGUAGCAAUUAUGGCUCCAACAAUGUGGAUCAGGCUGAUGGCGCCAUUCUGGCCGUGCCCAAUGUGGUAAUACGACCAAGUGGCAGCGGUAGCGGUGGCGGAGGAAGACCACGAUUAAGCGGUGGUGGUGCAGGUGGCCCACCCGAUGCACAAGCCGAAGAGGAGCAGGGUUUGAAAUAUGGCGCUCAGCACGUCAUUAAACUAUUUGUGCCCGUUUCCCUAUGUAUGUUGGUGGUGGUCACCACCAUCAAUUCCAUUAGCUUUUACAACAGCACCGAUGUUUACCUUCUUUACACGCCCUUUCAUGAACUUUCGCCCGAGCCGAGUGUUAAGUUUUGGAAUGCUCUGGCCAACUCUCUCAUUCUUAUGAGCGUGGUUGUUGUCAUGACCAUACUAUUGAUUGUAUUAUACAAGAAGCGCUGCUAUCGCGUGAUUCAUGGCUGGCUUAUACUCUCCUCCUUCAUGCUGCUCUUCAUCUUCACGUAUUUGUAUUUGGAGGAACUGCUGCGUGCCUAUAACAUACCAAUGGACUAUCCCACAGCUUUAUUCAUAAUGUGGAACUUUGGAGUAGCCGGCAUGAUGGCUAUUCACUGGCAGGCACCACUGCGUCUGCAGCAAGGCUAUCUGAUAUUUGUGGCUGCGCUCAUGGCGCUCGUCUUCAUUAAGUAUCUGCCAGAAUGGACUGCGUGGGCGGUUUUAGCCGCUAUCUCCAUAUGGGAUCUCAUCGCUGUACUUUCACCUCGUGGACCGCUUCGCAUACUUGUAGAAACUGCUCAGGAGCGGAAUGAACAAAUCUUUCCUGCUUUGAUCUAUUCCUCAACUGUGAUCUAUACUUACAUGGGCACACAUUAUACGCCUCAACAGUCUCAGCCAACAGGCAUCUCCUCACCCUCAUCCAGCAAUUCAACAACCACAACACGAGCCACUCAAAACUCGCUGGCUUCGCCAGAAGUGGCGCCGGCAGGCAACAAUUCGAGAGCUAGCAGCUCACGCUCAGGUAACACCCGCUCCACUCUCACCCAGGAUACUCAGGCAUCGGCGGCUGAAGGUAUGCCACUUGUGACUUUUAAAACACAUUUGCGUGGAAACGCGGAGGCAGCUGGAUUUACAGAAGAGUGGUCUGCAAAUCUAAAUGAACGGAUAGCUCGUCGUCAAAUCGAAGUGCAAGCAAGUAACAGCGGAAACUCGCGAAGAUCUAAUGAAUAUCGCACAGUUACCACGCCCCAUGAAGGCGCUCAACAAGAGGGACAGGAGGAACGCGGAAUCAAACUGGGUCUAGGCGAUUUCAUCUUCUACUCUGUCCUGGUGGGCAAAGCCUCAAGUUACGGUGAUUGGACUACUACUAUUGCCUGCUUUGUGGCAAUACUCAUUGGCCUCUGUCUGACGCUUCUGCUCUUAGCAAUUUGGCGUAAGGCUCUGCCAGCGCUGCCCAUAUCCAUCACAUUUGGCUUAAUAUUUUGUUUUGCAACAAGCGCCGUGGUCAAACCAUUUAUGGAGAAUCUUUCGGCCAAGCAAGUGUUUAUAUAAAAGACAAAGAAUUUAAGAGACAAAUAAUCCACUUAUGUAGUAUUAUGUGUAACCUGUAUACAUUAACAUUCAAUUCGCCCCAAAUGCUGAGUCUUUUAUAAAUCAGAUAUUUAUUUAACAAAUACGCAAAACCCUA